AUGGUUCAGCACGAGAAUACCAUGCAGUCAAGAGAUUGCUACGGUCGUGAACCAUGGCCUAGCGGUGGAGAGAGGUCAUUUGAUUGCAGCCAACCGUCGAUGAAUGAAGCUCGACUCACACCAAUUACGCCGCACCGUCCACACCCACACGAAUUACCUCUUAGUGUUGAGGAAUGCUUGAGAUCUUGUGCCCGUAUUCCAGUGAAAGAGUUUGCUGUCAUUGCCAUCCUUGAUGAUGGAAGGGAAGUGAAUUAUACUUCCCAGACUCUGACGAACUUUCAGCCAAAAAUUUUCUCAUCACACUUUCAGAAUGAUUUUCACAAAUCUAUACAGAGAGCCAGUCUGGACGCUUCAUUUUCAAAUUCAACAUCUUACAAUCCAGAGAAUGGCUAUAGUGACUUUGGCAUAGAUAGCGGACCGGGUAUGAGAAGAUUUUCAGGCAACGAUGCAAGUUCUGGAAAGAGGCGCCGACAUCGUCAACUUCGACAAAGUUCGGAUGAUUCUGAUGAUGAUGAUUCGACAGGAUCGAAAAAAACAAAGAGGUAUCAUCAUCAAUACUAUGACUCCAGUGAAGACACACCGAGCCCAAUUUUGGAGAGAAAGACCAUGCAGCUGAGGAUAGGUGACGAGGAAGAAGUUAGCAAAUUCUACAGUUGUCGAUUCAAGGAUAUGCAGCAAGCUUCUUGCAAACUCAUGGGAAAAAUUUUUGUAAAGCUUGUCGAGCCUAGAAAGCAGACUCAUUACCCAUACACCAGGGGAGCUGAAAAAGCUCCACCGUGGUGGCCAGUCACAAGUGGAGAGCUUCUGGUUCGUCACAAAGAACCUGAUCAUCUUUUGAAGCAUGAGAGGAUCCGUCUAUUGGUACAUAUUUUAAAAAUGAUCGUGGAACCAUAUCAGAAGCAAUGUCCUGCCGUUCAAAAGUUAAACCUCAACGUCAAGAAACUUGAAGAAGUUACAAUGGAAGGGAUGUCGAAUUGGUUUAACGAUAAGGACCAUCCAGAGAAUGCUGCCAAAAGACCAUUCUUGAAAGAAAUAUUCAAGGUUGCCCGAAGGGAAGAGCAAUACAAAAAUGGGGAGAUCACUGGUGACACAUACAUUCAGGUAAUGUAUGGUGAUAGAAACGGCGCAGAGAUUCCGGACGAUGAACCAGAUGAGGGAAUGAAACUUGAAGAUGAUGAUCUGCAACCUCAAGAUAUCGAAGCAUCACCAUUAAUUUUAACUCCACAUAGCUCUGUAUCGCCGUCAAUCAUGCAAGUUCAGCAAACACAACAUGGAUCAUCACAUUCAAGCCAGCAGAGAGAUCACGAUAACGUUUAUGGACCCUCUCGACACGUCCGAUACAAUCCGCAACAAGAUGAUCAUAUGCAUAACGCAUCUUACAUCAAUACCAAUGCUGGAUACGUACCACGAGUGAGCUUUAAUGAUCAAAGUAACUCAAGCUUACAAGAUCAACCUCAACGUUCCUUAUCAACAUCUAUGCAAUCAGGUCAAUACCAAAACUCGCAACAAGCAAGCGUCAACUGGACACCAUCAUUCUUCAACAAUGCCUCUCCAGCCUCAAGUUUCUACACCACAUCCCCACAAUCCCAAUCCUUCACAUCCAACUCUCCACAAUCCUUCUCCUCAACCUCAUAUCAACUUCCUCCACCCAAUUCUCAAGCCCUUUUACCUUCCCACCCCAUUUCUCACACCUUACACAAUAGUUUCGACGGACUUCCCACCCAUCGUCAUCAAUACGAUACAACUCCGCAAAUAGGAAGUCAACUCCGAACGGGAAGUUUAGGUCAUCCUCAUCAAUUACCUACUCAGCAACAUCAUGGAGCAUUCGACUUUCUCGAUGGUAAUAAUUACGCUCAUCAUGAUGCGGAGCUUAAACAAGAUCCGGGUAUGCAUCAAGGCUGA